CCUUCCCACUAUCUCCCCAAAGGCAGGGCACCCAAGGGAGCCUUAUCGGCACCCAGCUGGGCAGGGAGGGGCUGCCUUUCCUCCCUCCCUCCAGGGCCUUGUUUGCCAGAGGUGGCCAAAGAUGGGGAUGGACUGGGAGGGAUGUGAUACAAGCAGGCAUCAUUUGGGCCAGAGAGAGAGCCAGCAAUGGAUUUGGACCUUAAUUCUGUGUGUUUCUUUGCAUGUGUUUUCAUAGUGUCUUAUGAUGUAACGGCGCUCCAUGUAGGAGGAGUCUACGGACAACGCCGGCUCUUCGGCUUAGAAAUGGAGAUGAGCACCAACCCCCAGAGGCAGACAUGACUGGACUUAACGUCAGGGGAAACCUUUACCUUUACUAUGAUGUAUCCCAGGCAUGAGGGAGAAAAGGAAAGGGCCUGAGGCUGUGAGGGACUGUGGGAGUUGGGUCCAAAACACCUGGAGGGAGGGCCCAAGUUGGCCCUUGCCUAGCCUAGCAGGUGGCCGUGUUUAGUCUACUGCGCAUGCGCAGCCACGGCGCAGGCCUUCAAAGGGACGCCGAGCGCAUGCGCCGCGCAAACCCCUCUAGCCGCCGGCGGCGCUCUUCGGCUCUAUGGUGAAGGGCGGCCGCGCAGGAGAAGGAGGAGAAUGGGGGAUGGUUCGAGCCCCAUCAGCGUUAUCCUGGUCAGCUCUGGCAGCCGCGGGAACAAGCUGCUCUUCCGCUUCCCGUUCCAGCGCGGGGCCGCCAACCCGGCCGCCCAGACCGGGAAGCCCCGGAGCAGGUAUGCUGUGAGCAGCAUUGGGGAAAGUGUGGAAGAUCCCGAGGGGGACGCCAGAGAGCCAUGUCCUCUCACUGAGGAGGAGGUGGUGAUUGGGUUUUCGGAUGUCAUCUUGGCGACAAUUCUGGCCACCAAGUCGGACAUGUGCGGCAAGAAGUUUGAGUUGAAGAUUGAUAACGUCCGCUUUGUGGGUCACCCUACUCUGCUGCAGCAUGGCUUUGGGCAGAUCUCCAAGACAGACCCCUCACCAAAGAGAGAGAUGCCCACCAUGAUCCUGUUCAAUGUUGUCUUUGCCUUGAAGGCCACUGCCGACCCCUCAGUCAUCAACUGCCUGCACAACCUUUCCCGUCGUAUCGCCAUCGUCCUGCAGCAUGAGGAGCGCCGCUGCCAGUACCUCACCCGGGAGGCCAAGCUCAUCCUGGCCAUCCAGGACGAGGUCUCGGCCAUGUCCGAAGCUCCAGAGGGCCCCCAGUCACCCUUCCUCCACAUCCUGCCCAAGUGCAAACUGGCCCGGGACCUUAAGGAGGCUUUUGACAGCCUCUGCACGACAGGAGUGGUCCGGCUGCACAUCAACAACUGGCUGGAAGUGAGCUUCUGCCUCCCUCACAAGGUCCACGCCAUAGCCUCCCAUUUCAUCCCGCCUGAGGCCAUCGAGAGGAGCCUCAAAGCUAUUCGGCCUUACCAUGCCCUGCUGCUGCUGAAGGAUGAGAAGUCCCUCCUGGGCGACCUCCCGCUGGACUGCUCCCCAGCCCUGGUGCGUGUCGUCCGUACUACCUCUGCAGUGAAGAACCUGCAGCAGCUGGCCCAGGAUGCCGACCUUGCCCUGCUCCAGGUGUUCCAGCUGGCAGCACACCUGGUCUACUGGGGGAAAGCUAUCAUCAUCUACCCGCUGUGCGAAAACAACGUCUACAUGCUCUCUCCCAACGCCAGCCUUUGCCUUUACUCUCCUCUGGCGGAAGACUUUGCCUGCCAGUUCCCUGGCCAUGACCUGCCCUCCGUCCUCUCCAAGUUUUCCUUGCCGGUCUUCUUGUCGGACUUCAAGGACCCCCUAGCUCCCCCGGUGCAGGAGACACAGCUCAUCCCGAUGGUGGUCUGGAUGCUCCAGCACCGGCUCCUGAUCCAGUUGCACACUUACGCCUGCCUGAUGGUGCCCCCCAAGGAGGAGGACCCCCGGCCCAGAGUAGAGGAGCCCCUCUUGGCUGCCCGCGUCGGGGGGCGAAGCCUCAGCACCCCCAACGCCCUCAGCUUCGGCUCCCCAACUAGCAGUGAUGACAUGACGCUCACCAGCCCCAGCAUGGACAACUCCAGUGCAGAGCUGCUGCCCGGAGGAGACUCCCCCGUGAACAAGCGCAUGACGGAGAACCUGCUGACCAGCCUCUCAGAGCACGAACGCGAGGCCAUUCUCAGUGUCCCGGCAGCCCACAACCCUGAAGACCUGCGCACCUUUGCCAGGCUUUUGCACUACUUCCGGGGUCGGCAUCACCUGGAGGAGAUCAUGUACAACGAGAACAUGCGCCGCUCCCAUCUCCUGAUGCUCUUCGACAAAUUCCGCAGCGUCCUGGUGGUCACCAACCAUGAGGAUCCUGUCAUAUCCGUCUUCCAGUCCUUCCACAAGUGACAAGAAGGGAGCCCUGCUGCCUGGGGCCUUGUGGGCAAUACCGGGACACCUGUCCCUCCCUGAGCGGACAAGCGUUUGGGACAAAGACAUGCCGGUGACGGGGAGGGAGAACACCGGAGCCUGGCCCACCCGGGUGAUGAUGGUUGUUCCCGCUUGUGCCAAUGUCCCGUUUGGCUGUGUUGCUGCUCCAUGCCAGCCCUGCAGUGAGGCCAGCUGAGAAAGACUUUGCUGUGCCUGUUCAAGGCCCAAAGCUAUUCAUUCACCUUUGGAGGAAAUGCCUCCCUUGAAACCCAUUUGUAACAAUACACCCACAACACUUUUUGCCAA